AUGACAGAAUUAUCAACAAAUGUAUUUUAUCGUAUAAUAAUUGGAGGAAAAACAUUCAUUUUAUCACGAUCAAGUAUUUUAUAUGAUUCACCAAAUUUAUUUACAGAAUAUUUUAUUAAAAAACCAUUAACAGAUGUUUGGCAAGAUGAAAUUAAGAUAUUACGAGAACAACAAAAUAGUCAAUGUUUAUUAAAUGGACAUACAUCGGCUUUUACUAUAGGAUUUACGACAACUUUACCGCCACCACCGACAUCGACAAAAGAAAUUUCAUUUGAUCGGGAUCCUUACAUUUUUGAAGUUAUAGCAAGAUAUCUUCGUGGAUAUACAAUGUCAUUCCCACUUCCUUCAUCAGUUAAUUUACCAACUGGAAUGAAUAUUGAAAGUUUUCAUCAACAUCUUUUAGAAGACGCAAUUUUUUUUAAAUUAUCUCGUCUUCAAAGACUUUUCACGAAUCAACAGACAAUUCCAUCACCUAUUUCAAAUUCAAAUUUAACCAUUACCAAUUCUUUAUCUAAUUCACCUUAUUACGAUCCAUUUAUGAAUGAUACCAAAUUAGAUCUUAUUUUAUCAAAUACUCCAAUAGAUCAUUUGGUAAUGUUGGAUCGUAAAUUAAGGUAUAAGAUAAAAUCAGCUGAAUACAAUGUUCAUCCUUUGGUACAAUUUUGUACAGAGAAUGUUAUAUGGGAUAUUUCAUCAAAUAGUUGGAAUUUUAAAUUUUUACAAUCAAAAGAUUUGGCAAAAAUGACAUCAUUCUGUAAAGUUUUCAUUAAUUCAAAAUUUUAUAAAAAUGUUUUACCAAAUCAAUUUGGUGAAGUAUUUUUUAAUGGAUUAAUGGUUACCUGUGUAUUUAAAAUAGAUGGAGUAGAAUGUAAUGGUUUAGAAGUUUAUAAUAAAUUCUUGAAUAAAUCGAGACAAAUUUAUAAAUCUUCAACAAAUAUCUCAAAUGGAACGAAUAUGAAUAUGAAUAUCCCUACUUCAACUAGUUCAACAACUCCAUUAACAAAUGGUAAUAUAAUUAACAAUGCAAUGAAUAUUUCUAAUAACGCUACUGAAUUUCAACAACAAUAUUGGAGUAUUGGAGUAGGAGGAAGUAGGGGAAAUAACAAUAAUCCCAAUAAUAAUAAUAAUAAUAAUAAUAAUAAUAAUAAUAAUAAUCAUCAUUCUAUAAAUGAUAUGGAUAUUGGUAACAAUAAUAAUAAUUCUGAACAACCUGAUGAAAUUGUUAAUAACGGAAAAUGUUUUAGAAUUUUAUUGAAAAAAUUCAAUUUUUAUGUACAACUUGGUUUUAAUGAAUUUAAUAGGAUCGUACCAAUGUUAGUUAUUGUUCCUUGUUGGGGUGAAGGUAUUACUGAAUAUGAAUGGUUAUCUUCUGGUAACGAAAGAGCAUUAAUUAAUCCUAAUAACAUUAUUAGAGAAGAAUAA